AUGGGCUUUUCUUGUCACAUUUCCUAGAACCCAUUAAAUAUAUUGCGGUCCAUACAACUCCAACAAAGUCCCAUCCGGACCGCCCUCGACAUUUUCUUCUAUUUCAAAUAUAUUUUUGUUAUCCCCAAUGGCGAUCAAAUCGGAUUUCUUUCAAUAUCUUCAAAACUCCUUUGCUUCAUGGUGGUCGAAAAGUACCACCACUCAACAAAAUCAUGACAGUUCACGAUUUUUUUUCACGCUUUCUACUAUCUUCGCUGUUUUUUGGUACGCAUGGAAGUUUCUCCAAUCCAAAAGCCGGACUUUCUCAUUGCCGCCUGGCCCAAAAGGGCUUCCGUUGGUCGGGAACCUUCUGGCUCUCGAUCCCGAGCUCCACUCCUACUUCGCCGGCUUGUCACAGACUUACGGCCCAAUCCUCAAGCUCUGGCUAGGAAACAAACUAGGGAUUGUCGUCAGCUCACCAUCCUUAGCCCGAGAAGUGCUCAAAGACCAUGACAUCACGUUCGCCAACCGUGAUAUCCCUGCCGCCGGCAGAAUCGCAACUUACGGCGGUUGCGAUAUAGUAUGGACACCGUAUGGACCCGAGUGGAGGAUGUUGAGGAAAGUUUGUGUCCUCAAGAUGCUCAGCAACACAAGCUUGGAUUCCGUUUACACUCUCCGGCGCCGGGAGGUCCGACAGACGGUGGGCUUUUUCUACAGUAAAGUUGGGUCGCCGGUGAACGUCGGGGAGCAGAUGUUCUUGACCAUUUUGAACGUGAUAACGAACAUGAUGUGGGGUGGUACAGUGGAAGGGGAAGAGAGGUCUAGCUUGGGUGCGGAGUUUAGAGAGCUGGUAGGCGAGAUGACCCAGAUGUUGGGGAAGCCUAAUAUUUCGGACUUUUAUCCGGGUCUGGCCCGAUUCGAUUUUCAAGGGAUACAGAAGCAGAUGAAUGGGGUGGCCCGGAGGUUUGAUGGGAUAUUUGAAAAAAUGAUUGCUCAGAGAUUGAAGAUCGAGAAGGUUGGUGGUGAAAAAAGUAUGGAUUUUUUACAGUUUUUGUUGCGUUUAAAAGAUGAAGGAGAUUCAAAGACUCCUUUGACCAUGAAUCAACUCAAGGCCCUCCUCAUGGAUAUGGUGGUGGGAGGGAGUGACACAUCCUCGAACACAAUCGAGUUCGCCAUGGCUGAAAUCAUGAACCAACCAAAAAUCAUGAAGCAAAUCCAUCAAGAACUAGAAGACGUAGUUGGCAAACAUAAACUUGUAGAGGAGUCUCACAUCCACAAUCUUCCAUACUUACAAGCUGUAGUCAAAGAAACCCUGCGCUUACACCCAACUUUGCCUCUCUUGGUCCCUCAUUGCCCAAGCGAAACCUGCACUGUGGGAGGCUAUACGGUUCCAAAGGGGUCUCGGAUUUUUGUUAACGUUUGGGCGAUUCAUAGAGACCCUUCCAAGUGGGAAAACCCAUUGAAAUUUGAUCCGGAGAGGUUCUUGAACAGUCAAUGGGACUACAGUGGAAGUGAUUUCAGUUACUUUCCAUUUGGUUCAGGGAGAAGAAUAUGUGCAGGGAUAGCAAUGGCUGAGAGAAUGGUUAUGUAUUCUCUUGCCACACUUUUGCAUUCCUUUGAUUGGGAAGUGCCCCCUGGAGAAAAGUUGGAUCUUUCUGAGAAGUUUGGGAUUGUAUUGAAAAAGAAAAUACCUCUCGUUGCUAUCCCCACUCCAAGAUUAUCGGAUCCGGCUCUGUAUGUGUAGUCUAUAGGUCUUAUCUUCUCUCUCUCUUUUUGGGCUAAGUUAGUGAACUACUCAGGAAGUACAUUUUCAAAGAAAAGAGUACAAACUACAAAAAAAGCUGAUUAGUUGCGUAUAAUAAUAGAAUGCGCUUGCUGAGCAUUGUUAUCCAAGCCUGAAAGAUUCUAAGCAUUGCUAGUGAAGCCAUAAAGAUUCUUGGGGGGGGUCAGUUUUGGAGUUCAUUUUCCUUUUGUAUUGUGCACCAUGCAAUUUUAUAAUGUUUAAAGUUUUUCAAAUA